UCCACUCUCACUGAGAAAUUCUUUAUUAUAGGACGCGAGUGAGGACAGCAUGCUGUCGUCCCUGAAGACCCUGCUGCUGCUCUCGGUCCUGUGCGCACCGACCUCCAGCCUGUGCGUGCGCCUCCACCAAGCGCGCCCGGACCUCCUCUGCAGCGACCAGCGCAUCUCAGACCGGAGAGAGCCGGAUUACCCCCCUGGGAACGACUGGGACUCCCUCCUGCAGUUCACUAACUAUCUCAGCUCCUCCUCAUCCUCGUCCUCCGCUGAGUCCAGUCGGGAGAAAAGGACUUCCCAUCCCGCCGGUUACCGCAUCCUGAGCCGGACCAAGCUGAAAGGACAGAUGCUCCGCAAUACCAGCAAGGGGGAGCGGAGGAACAGGCUGACCCUGUCCCUGGACGUCCCCACCAACAUCAUGAACGUCCUCUUCGAUGUGGCCAAAGCCAAAAACCUGCGCGCAAAGGCGGCGCAAAACGCGCGUCUCCUGGCUCACGUCGGGCGAAGGAAAUGAGGCUUUGAAAAACUCUUCACUUACCAA